CCUGGACUGGGUGAAAAGGGACCCUGUCCUUUUAAAGGGAGGCUCCGCCUCCUCGAAAAGGGAGGAGCCGAUUGGCUAGCGCCCUGCCCGGAAGUGAACCUGUUUAGCCACGUGUGCAUUCAGUCCCACAUGGCGGCCCUGCUCCUGGGGCCGCUCCGGCUUCGUUUGGCCCGAGCUCCCUGGGGGGCGGGGCGAUGGCGCGGGUACUGUGGGGGGUCUGGACCGCGGAGCUCCGCUGUGAGAGUCAGGUUCGCCCCGAGCCCCACAGGCUUCAUGCAUUUGGGAGGCCUACGUACUGCCUUGUACAACUACAUCUUUGCCAAGAAAUACAAAGGGAGUUUCAUCUUAAGGUUGGAAGACACAGAUCAAACCCGUCUGGUGCCUGGGGCUGCUGAGAACAUCGAGGACAUGUUGGAAUGGGCAGGAAUUCCUCCUGAUGAAAGCCCUCGGCGUGGAGGUCCUGCUGGACCCUACCAGCAAUCUCAACGCCUCGAGCUCUACGCACAAGCCACUAAGGCACUGUUGCAGACUGGAGCUGCUUACUAUUGCUUCUGUACCCCCCAGCGCCUGGAGCUGCUGAAAAAAGAGGCCCUAAGGAACCAUCAGACACCCCGGUAUGACAAUCGGUGUCGAUUCUUGAGUGCUGAACAUGUAGCCAGGAAAUUGGCAGCAGGUGACAAGCCAACUGUCCGCUUCCGCCUGGAGGAGGGAGCUGAGACUUUCCAGGACCUGGUACAUGGCUGGAACCAACAUGAAGUUGCCAAUAUUGAGGGUGACCCUGUGAUCCUUAAGAGUGAUGGCUUCCCCACCUAUCAUUUGGCCUGUGUGGUGGAUGAUCAUUAUAUGGGCAUCAGCCAUGUUCUUCGGGGCACUGAGUGGCUUGUCUCUACUGCCAAACAUCUCCUUUUAUACAGGGCCCUGGGUUGGGAACCACCCCACUUUGCCCAUUUGCCUCUGCUUCUCAAUAAGGAUGGCAGCAAGUUGUCCAAGCGUCAAGGAGACAUCUUUUUGGAACACUUUGCUUCAGCUGGCUUUCUCCCAGAGACUUUGUUAGACAUCAUCACCAAUUAUGGCUCAGGAUUUGCAGGGAACCAGAUGGGGAGGACACUGCCAGAGUUGAUAGAACAGUUUGACUUAAGUGGGGUCAGCACUCAUUCAGCCCUGCUGGAUCUGGAGAAACUUCCUGAAUUCAACAGGCUGCAUUUGAUUCGAUUGUUAAAUGAUAAGGCUCGGAGGAUCCAGUUUGUGAAGAAGCUUCAGGCCAUGGUGAAAGAUGUGUAUGGAAAACAAAUGGAGGACAAGGACGUCCUCAGUGAGGACUACCUAGAGAGGAUCCUUUUGCUGGGACAGGGGCGCAUCAGUCGCUUGCAGGACUUGGUCUCACCAACAUAUUCCUAUCUCUGGACUCGCCCUGCUGUACCCCGAGCACAGCUGCAGACCAUCUCAAGAGAAGUGGAUGUGAUUGCUAAGCUGGUCCUGGGGUUGUUGGAAACACCUGGCAUUUCUCUCACUCAGGAAGUGCUGAACCAAGAGCUUAGAAGACUUUCAGAGAAGACAGAAGGUAUUGAGUAUGUCAGAAUGAUGAAACUGCUCCGGAUGGUACUCAGUGGGCAGCAGCAAGGCCCAACUGUUGCAGAGAUGAUGAUAUCCUUGGGACCUAAGGAAGUUCGGGAACGGAUGCAGAGGGUGCUCUUAAGCUAGGAAGAAGAUUUUUAGGAUGGAUGGACAAGGAUAACUAGUGAUCCACUUUCCUGGAAACUGCUUCUGAGACAUCAGAGCUGAAACCAGUGUUCAACAGGAAAUCUGUGGUAUUAAUUAGAGGACUAUAUUUCUGAUGACCCAUGGGUGGAUGACAGGCAGUAUAUAUGUAUUGAUAGUUCUCAGGCCUGUCUCUUUCACUAAUUAGUCUAGGAAGAGCCCACCCUACAAUUUCAUUCCUUUUCUUGGCUAUAAAAAGGAGCCGUCUUUGGAACCCAUCUCUCCAUUUCCUUGUAUACUAUAUUAUGGACCAGAAGUUUGGAAUUGAUUCUUAGUUCCUGGAACUGGUUUCUGUCUGAACAUCUGACAUUGUGGUAGAUUUGCAGGCUCACAGACAGGCCUCAGGAUUUAAUUGCCUGAGCUCUGGUACUCUCUGGUCUUUGGGCUCUACACUAGGCUCUGGUUUGGAUUUUGAACAAUAAAAGACAAGUAAGUCUA